GGCAACAACUCGGGUUUUACUAGUGGUGUUUUCAAUUCAUAGGCACUUCUUAUAUUCUAACGAAUUGUUUUCAUUGUGAAUGUGUAUACACUAACCGGCAAAAUUGAGUCGGUGUUAUCUGACUACAUUUCAUCUUUUGAAGUGUUACAAAUGGAUUUAGGACUGUCCAGCACAGCUGUACAACAAAAGGCAAAGAAAUAUCCAACAAUCGGUGAAUUGAUGGAUUCACUGCAACUGCCCGAUUUCUUCAAUGGUGCUAGCAGCACCAAAGGUGAGCUGGCUUCUUACGCUUCUAAGAUGUUUUAUGUGGAGUCAAUCGAUUGCUCUCCGCUCGAUGUACUUGACCCAACACUUGAACGUGCGCUUGACCUGAGUGAGUACAUAUGUCAAGACUUUUUCGACCAUCACAGAAACAACUUUUCUACUCAAAUUUCCUCAGAUUUCUCGGAACUCCAGAGCCUUCCCCAGGUCGUGCUAGGCGCAACAGCUGUUGUCCACGACGGGAAGUACCCAUGCGAGGGGUCAGUGCUACCCCAGCCUGAGGUCAACUUCCUGGAGCCCAAUCAGAGCCCUGCUCCGUCUGAGGGCUCCAGUUAUUACAGCGACGACAGCACCAACACCACUCAACAUAUGCCGGAGUUCAGUCAGCUGACGUCACCGGGCUCUGAGGUUCCCAGUACGAGUUUCCCAUGGCAACAUUGUAGCAAUGUAAACAAUGAUAACUUUCCAUUAAGAACUGACUCCAGCAGUUUCGGGUUAAAACACGAACAUUUGAACAGAUUCGACGCGGAGGACUUUGGAGUACCGAGUUCUCUACCUCGUAUCCCACAGCCUCCACUCUCCACAUCAGAAGGAUCGUCGUUUCCAUUCGUCACCUCUCCCUCCACAUCUCUACCAUCACCUUCAUCUACGAUAUACUCAGUCUCAAGCCCCGGCACCCCCGGGCCCUCAGGCCCCAGCCGUGGACGCCGCCCCCACGGGUCUAGCACGCCCUACUCCUCCAAGUCAAGGAGACGCCACGUUGAGAAAGGCACCCAGGAGUACGUUGAGAAACGGGCCAGGAACAAUGUGGCCGUCAGGAAGAGCCGGGCCAAGGCCAAGGAAAAACAGCGGGAAACAGAGGGGCGUGUCAAGGGUCUGCUCGAACAAAACCACCAGUUGCAGAAAAAAGUGGAACUUUUAACCAAAGAACUCAACGUCAUGAAAAAUUUGUUCCUCAACGUCGGUGCUUCUAUACCUGACGAGUUUCUGAAAUUGAUUGGAGAUUCUUGACACCUUUGACUAUACUAGUUUCUAAAUAGUUUUUGUUUUUUUAAUUAUUAAAUGAACUGUUGCCAAAUGAACAUUGAAGAAAAAUGUCAACAGACUGAUAUUGGUGAUGUGGACAAUGGUGUUGUUAAACUAUGGUGAAGUUGACAAUGAUAUUGCGGUGACACCACACCAGUGUGACAGGCAGCGAAGACACCACAGACACCAAACACAUGCAUGUUGUGUGCUCAUUGCUAACUAAGCUUGUAAACAAAACGUGUAUUUGUGUGUUUCUAAUUUUAGAGCUGUGCUUAUUGAUUCAAUGGCUUUUUUGUAUGAUGUAAAUAGAUCGAGUCAAACUUAGUUGUAGCACACAAGCCCACCGCUGCAAACAGUGGGCUCAGUUGGGCUCAUUCAGUAGCCCAUGAGAAGUGGGCUGCUUCACAAGCCCAUGUAAGGUGGGCUCACUCACAAGCCCAUGUGAAGUGGGCUGCUUCACAAGCCCAUCAAUGCAAGCAGGUGGGCGUGGUGGGUAGUUAUACACUGAGACGUGUUUGUUGUUGUUUACUAUGUGUGAUCCCGGUUACUAUAAAUAACAUUCAUAUUUUUUCUAUCUACAAUUCAAAACAUAUUUCUAUUCUAUUUGCUAUUUUCAUGAUGCCAUUUUCAUGAUGCCACACCUACUCACAGAGUGGAAGGAGAAGUUCUGCGUGUGUGUCGACCUCUGUGAUCAUUGUUGCUAUUUUACCAUUAUGACAUUUUUAUAUACAUUUAUUUUUCUGUAAAGAAUGGGAGAUGGAUGGGAGGGUGAAAGAUGGUGUAAGGAUGUAAGAUUAUGUAAGAUGGUGGAACCUCACAAUUUCAUAGACUGUACAGUGUGUAUAAAUCCAGUCGCUCAUCUUUGAACCUGCUACACUAUUCCUGUAUCACCACACGUAUGAAUGUCACCACUGUUUACACCAUAUGGUGUCACCAUUGAACAUGGGACAUUACUAUAAAUGCAUGCCUAGCAAAUCCAUAUAUUUUGCCAAAUCCAACUUCUGAAAUCCACCAUAGACAAUAUUUUCUACAAACCCAGUCCCCCGACCGUAUGUGUUCAUUAGUUCAAAGUUCACGCGAACAGAACAAUAGUGUCUCAAAUAUUAUGAUGUAUACGGUCACAUGAUAGGCCAAGACCAAUCACUCGGCAGUAUUCUCAUUGACCCCUUAUAUACUACUGUAUUACCUGGACAUUAGCAAAAAUAAACUCUAUUUAGUACCAUCACUUUGUUGUCUGUAGAAUCACCACCAAGCUGUUAGUAGUACCAUCGCUAAUGAUGUGAGUAGUACCAUCACUAUGAUGUGAGUAGUACCAUCACUAUGAUGUGAGUAGUACAAUCACUAUGCUGGUAUGAGUACCAUCACUAUGCUGGUAAGAGUACCAUCACUGUGAUCUAAAUCAUCAACUCAUGCUGUUGUUUACUGAAUGAUAAUUUUGAGACUCUCCCCCGACAUGUGAUCCAAGUUUACAUUUUCUUUCUAUUGUGUUGGCUCUGUUUUGGAGCAAAGGUUGAUAUAUUAUAAUGAUAAAAUAUAAAAUACUUUAAAUGCAAACGAGUACUUUUUUUAUU